AGGACAGCCCGCCGUUCCAAGGACGCUGAAUUGCAAUGUUUGCGGUACGACAUUUGCUGAAGAGCAGAAAGCAUCUGCCCUACGCUUAUGCGGCGGCGACAACAACAAAGAGCACGCUGCCAAUGCCAGCUGUGCCGGCGCGUGUUCUUAUUGGCCUCCACACAGAUAGUGAUUGCCGCAACGAGAGGCUACCGCAGAUCCAGGAGCUUUCUUUUCGCAAGAUGUCAUCGCUGCCCACAUCCAAGAAGCCAGGAUCGUUGCUCGAAGAGCUUUACGCAGCUACGAAGCCAUAUGCCCAGCUGAUGAGGAUUGAUCGACCCAUUGGCACAUACUUGUUGUUCUGGCCCUGUGCGUGGAGCAUAGCGUUGAGUGCAGAUGCGGGCUGUUGGCCGGACCUUACCAUGCUGGGUUUGUUUGGAACGGGAGCAUUGAUAAUGCGUGGCGCCGGCUGCACUAUAAACGAUCUCUGGGACAAGGAUAUUGACGCCAAGGUGGAGCGAACGCGGACGCGGCCACUCGCAUCCGGGCAGAUUAGUCAGUUCGAUGCUAUUGUCUUUCUCUCGGCACAGCUGAGUCUCGGACUACUGGUUCUUGUCCAGCUCAACUGGCAGUCAAUUCUGUUGGGCGCCAGCUCACUGGGGCUGGUGAUCACUUAUCCCUUGAUGAAGAGGGUGACCUAUUGGCCCCAGUUGGUUCUUGGCAUGGCCUUCAACUGGGGUGCUUUGUUGGGAUGGUGUGCAACACAGGGAAGCGUCAACCUGGCCGCUUGUCUUCCGCUCUACCUUUCUGGUGUUUGCUGGACCAUUGUCUACGACACAAUCUACGCCCACCAGGAUAAGCUAGACGAUUUGCAAAUCGGUGUCAAAUCCACUGCUUUGCGUUUUGGUGAGAACACCAAAGUUUGGCUAUCAGGUUUCACCGCAGCCAUGCUGACGGGUCUCUCUACCGCCGGCUGGGCCUGCGAUCAAACGCUGCCGUACUAUGCCGCUGUUGGAGUUGUUGGCGCUCAUCUUGUGCAGCAGAUCUACUCCCUCAAUAUUGACAAUCCCACCGACUGCGCCAAGAAAUUUUUAUCGAAUCAUCAGGUAGGACUCAUUCUGUUUCUUGGAAUCGUCCUUGGCACACUACUGAAAGCGAACGACACUAAAAAUCAGCCGCAACCCGCACUAACAUCAUCGGCAGCCAGCUCCUAUGCUACGCUAACUCAAAAACCAGAAGUGUUGAGCUGAAAUAGUCAUAUCUACCUGCAUUAGUGGUUUUUAAAUUAAUGUUCGCUUGGACCAAAGUCUAUAGUUAGCUAAAUAGGUUUCAUUUUGUACAUAGGUAUAGCACUUCUUUAUUUGUAGCUUAGUUUCAUCGGGAGAAUUAGGUUAAGUAUAACCAAAUGAUUGUCAAAUACCUCACUGAACAAAAAAUCAAGAGAGCAAAUUAACCGGUAAUUUUAAGUGCACUCCACCAAGGUA